AUGAUGACUAUGGACAUUAGCAUGUACGGGCAGCACGACCAACCGCACACCAGUUCGUAUCAUCACACGACAACGGAUUCGGUUUAUCAUCCCUAUUAUAAUACCAACGAUGCCGGAACUGGAUACGGGCAAACAGCUCCUAGUUAUCAUCAAUCAGUAGGAUAUCACGAAACGUACCACCAUCAUCAUGAUGGUUAUGGUACGCAAAUAUUAUACGAUGGAUCGGGAACCUCGCCGCCUCCUGACUCGCAUUUUUACAGCCAAGGUUCUUUGGGUCAACUCGGCUUGCACCUCGAAUCACCGACGGAUCCCAUCAUCAGCACAGAUAACGGUCUGAGUUACACGAACCUUGAUUAUAAUAACGGAGGCACGGGUAUUAACAACGGACCGAACGGUGGUCUUUACCCGCACCCGGGGUAUGAUCAACCCCCUGCUUACAUGAGAAGCCCCAUAGACGACUCUAAAGGUUAUCCGCAUGAAACAGAAGUGGCUUUUCAGGCAAUCGACUUCAACCAGCAUCAUCAACAACAGCAACAACAACAACAGCAACCACAUUUGCACCACACGCCUCAUCAGCAACACCACAUAUCGCAUCAGCAAGUAUACGCGAAACAAGAAUGCCAACAAAGAUUGGCACAACCUCACGGACAACAACCUCAUGAACAACCUCAAACAGUUGCGUCGGGGACACCACACAAUUCUCACUCUGUGACCACAUACAGGUGGAUGCAAGUCAAAAGGAACGUACCUAAACCUGCAGCGCCAAAAUUGACGUCAAACCAACUGUCCGAGUUCAUAAAUGCAGCCGGAGGAAACCAGAUCGGGACAGUGACUGCAGCCGGAGGUGGCCCGUCUUGUCUAUCGUCUGUUGGGGUUUCUCCAGGGGAUGUUAUUUCGGCUUGUAGACUAGGAUAUUCACGAGGUGCUACGCACAACGUUGCUGCUGCUUUGCAUCAACAACAGCAACAAUCGCAACAUGUCUUAGGAAAUACAGGGAGAACGAAUUUUAGCAACAAACAGCUCACCGAAUUGGAAAAGGAAUUCCAUUUCAACAAGUAUUUAACCCGCGCCCGACGCAUAGAAAUCGCAUCUGCACUCCAACUAAAUGAAACGCAAGUCAAAAUCUGGUUCCAAAAUAGAAGAAUGAAGCAGAAGAAGCGCAUUAAAGACGGAUUAAUACCGGCUACUACCACUUCUGCUGGUCAAGAAAAUUCGAUUACUACCGUUGGAUCUACGGUUGCAAACAUCGAUCUACCACAAACGGGAAGCAGUGAAAAUAGUAGAGACACGAAUUAAGAAAACUUUAUGAAAAAUUAUCAGAACUGUUUUGUCGGGUAGCCCUCACCUAGA